CGGGAAGCUGACCUCACCUUCACUUUUAUCCUCGAGUUCUCGUUUCAUACAGUCAUGGAUUAUCAGAACCGUGUUGGAUCCAAAUUCGGUGGCGGUGGUGUUGCCGGGGCUUCAGAGACAAAUGUUGACCGGCGUGAACGUCUCAGGAAGCUUGCAUUGGAGACCAUAGAUCUUGCCAAGGAUCCAUAUAUUCUUCGCAACCAUCUCGGCUCUCUCGAAUGUCGUCUAUGUCUGACCCUUCACACAAACGAAGGCUCUUACCUUGCCCACACCCAAGGGAAGAAGCACCAAACUAAUCUCGCUCGCCGUGCUGCUCGCGAUGCAAAAGACACACAGUUGAUGAUUGCUCCCACGCAAAGCAAUGUCCAACGAAAAGUUUUCCUAAAAAUUGGGCGGCCUGGUUACCGGGUUACAAAAGUGCGGGAUAUGGACACUGGGAAGGAAGGUAUGAUGGUCCAGGUUCAUCUUCCCCAGAUCAAAGCAGGAGUGAUCCCUCGGAGACGGUUUAUGAGUGCCUGGGAGCAAAAGAGGGAGCCACCGAACAAGGCAUACCAAUACCUCAUCGUUGCGGCCGAGCCAUAUGAGACCAUUGCAUUCCGUAUACCGGCUCGCGAGAUUGAAGAUGAGGCUGACGACGCUGGAUACUGGAAUUGGUCUCAUUGGGACCCAGACACUAAACAAUAUAGCUUCCAGUUCAUGUUCCGCUUAGCCUUUUAAGCGAUACAUGGUGGGUUAUAUACGCAUUAUCGUGUUGUCAAUUGAUCGCGAUGUGAGUGGCCCCAAAUCCUAGUGACAAGGACUUUUCUUCUGUAUCACUGUCAAGCACUUCGAUGCCUACGAGGUUUUCAGGCAGCAGUUCUCCCUCCGAAACCAAGCCCGAUUCGAACAGGGCAU